UUGUGGUUGUGGAGUAAAAACUGGGUUUUACACUUCACUUGCGUCUGAAUACCCGGGGAAAAAAAUGUCGGUUUCACUUGCUAAUUUUCUUGGAAAGUUACAAAGUCUUUCCCUUUUCAGGUUUUGAAGUCACACUAACAUAAAGAGUAGAAGAAAAAAAAAGGCUUGGAGCUUUAUUUUUGCUUUUUUCUUAAUUUCUUCUAGAAAACAUGAUCCUGAGCUUCCGAGCAAAAUUCUUUUAAAGAGAGUGAUAGAAAAUGAUGGCUCUGAUGAAUUGUGCAUAUUCAUCUUCUUCUUCGUCUUCUUCUUCUUCCUCUCCCACUUCUUCCUCUUCAUAUUCUCCGAGGAACAGAGAGAACAUGGUUUUGCAGAGUGUAGUUGAUGUGUCACCUUCAAGUUUCUCUUCCGACAGAAAAUCUAUUUUACCAAUUGAGAAGACUUUAAUAACUCACCAAAAUUCCAGUCUCUGCUUGAUCCCAAAGAAGUCUUCAGAAGAGUUGAAGAAGGAAAUUGCAUCAAUUGAGAUAGAGAUUCUACACAUGGAACGAUAUCUCUUAUCUCUUUACAGGAAAUCUUUUGAACAGCAACUUCCUAAUUCCUACUCUAAACUCUCUGCUACUACUACUAACUUUCCUCGUUCUGUGACUACUUCACGAACAUCACUAACUCAUCACUAUCAAGCUUACCAAAAACCAAUUUCAUAUCCUCGGAGUUUCAACACUAGUUUAAAAGCCUUAUCUUCAAGGGAAGGGACUAGAGUAGUUUCUGGUAAUCACAGUCUUGGAGAGCUUCUAGGAUCAUCUCAUAUAGUUGAUCAUAGUAACCUCAUAAACCCGAAUAAACUCUCUGAAGAUAUCAUGAGAUGCAUCUCUUCUGUGUAUUGUACACUUUCAAGAGGAUCAACGAGUACCAAUUCCACUUGUUUCCCUGCUUCUCCGGUUUCGUCAUUGUCGAAUGCCUCGACCAUUUUCUCUUCCAAAUCCAAUUACUAUGACGAUAAAUGGAGCUUGAAUUGCGCGAGUGAGGAUCAUUUUCUGAAUCACUUUCAAGAUCAAGGCAAUGUUUUGCCUUGUGGUGUUGUUGUGAUAGAGGCUCUUAGAGUACAUUUAGACGAUGCUAGUUUCGGUUACGCUGCUCUUAUGCUGCAAAACUUCAGAUCAUUGGUUCAAAAUCUUGAGAAAGUUGAUCCGAGUAGAAUGAAACGCGAAGAGAAGCUCGCGUUUUGGAUAAACAUUCACAAUGCUCUUGUGAUGCAUGCUUACUUAGCUUAUGGAACUCACAACCGCGCAAGAAACACAUCGGUUUUGAAGGCAGCUUAUGAUAUUGGAGGCUAUAGAAUAAACCCGUUUAUCAUCCAAAGCUCAAUCUUAGGAAUCAGACCUCAUUACAUAUCACCAUCACCUUUACUCCAAACUCUGUUUUCGCCUUCAAGAAAGUCGAAAGCUUGCAGUGUUAGACACGUUUACGCAUUGGAAUACCCCGAGGCUUUAGCUCAUUUCGCUAUUUCUUCAGGAGCAUUCACAGAUCCUAUGGUUCGAGUUUACACGGCGGAUAGAAUCUUCCGGGAUCUAAGACAAGCAAAACAAGAGUAUAUCAGAAGUAAUGUUCGUGUUUACAAAGGGACAAAGAUUUUGUUGCCAAAGAUCUUUCAGCAUUAUGUUAAAGACAUGUCAAUGGAUGUGUCUAAGCUCAUGGAAGCAACAGCUCAGUGUUUACCAGAAGAUGCGAGGAAAAUUGCUGAGAAAUGUUUGAAGGAGAAGAAGAGUAAGAAUUUUGAAUGGUUACCGGAAAAUUUGAGUUUCCGGUAUGUCAUCGCCGGAGAAUUGGUUGGAGCAAGAAAUAAGACGUGAAGGUUACAAUAAAAGUUGUUCUUUUUGCCUUCUCAUGUGAUUAAAUAAUUUGAUUACAAUUAGUGUUCAAUUUCAGUUUUCUUUUUCGAGUGAGAAAUUGUAAAACCAGUGUUUGUAUGUAUAAUCUUAAUAAACCGAGAACUAAUUAAUGUUUUUAAA